UCUUUUCUAGUGGGAAAAACAAGUCGAGGUAUUAGGGCAUAUUUAGGGGAGAUGCAGCGGCGAGAAUAUAGAGAUUGGGGUUAUUAUUGUUGGAUUUGAAGGAUUUUGAUACUGUUGGUUGAAUUUGGUACAACGAUAAUUAGUAUGGCAAAGAAAAACUCAACCAAAUAAGUAAACUCAUCGUUUUGGGAAAAAUUAGGGUUGUCAAUUUCUUUAAGAUUUUGUGAUGAUGUGAACUCACGAUUUAAAGGAAAUGGUUGGUGCAGGACAAUGUUAAAAAGGUAAAUAAAAGUCUUUUGGCAGAGAUAUCUUCCGAAGAUGAGGAGGUUGAUGAGUUAGUUAUACAUAAAGGAAAAGCUGUUUUAGUUGGGAGUUCGGGGGAAGAUGAUGUUUUAGUUGGGAGUUCAGGGGAAGAUGAUAGAAGCAUUGAGUUGGAUGAGUUUGAAGCUCUUGAUGAAGAACAACAAGAGUAUGAAGCUUUGGGUGUGCAAGAACACACUAAUUCAAUUGACGAUGAUGCAGCACUAUACUACGAAGAUUAUGUCAGCUCUGAUGAUGAAGACUAUGUCCUUCCUAGAGGAAGCCUUCCUAGAGGAAGGAAGUAUGACUUGGGUCAAUGUAAUGAAGAACAAUGUUAUCAUACAGGAACUGACAGUGAUGAAGCAGAUGAUGUGCCAAGUGAUCCUGAUGAUGCUGAUGAGAUAAUUCUAAACAGUGACGAGGAUGAGGAAUUAUGUAAAGCUGAAGGUUAUGACCAUGCUGAGUUUGUGCUAAGUACUGCAAAUAUUUAUCAGGAGGAGGAUGUUGAUGAUGACUUAUAUGCUAUAAAAGUUCCGCCUGAUUUGUCAUAUGUGGGUAUGAGUUGGAAAAAAAACGGUGAGUGCAGCGAUUAUUUGAGAGAUUUAGCAAUACAAAAACAUUUCUCAAUGCAAAAGAUCGUGAGCAAUGCGGAGAGGCGGGAAUGGAAGUAUAAAUCUCCAGGUUGUAGUUGGAGAGUUAAUUGCAAUUACACUAAUAAGAAGGCCUCAUUCAGUGUCAAAUCUGGACACUUGGAGCACUCUUGCAAGCGUUUAGGCUUGAAAAAUCCCAUGGCUAAUGCAAGAUGGGUUGCCUUAAGAAUAAUGAGGUACGUGAAGGACCACGUUCAAUGCAAGCCUUCUACUAUUAAGAGAAGAGUGAAGAGGAAGUAUAAAGUUAAAAUAUCUUAUUGGACUGCUUGGCAUGCUAGGCACAUAUGCUUGGAGAGGAUAUUUGGGUCCUAUGAAAAGAGCUAUGGGCAAGUACCUGAACUUUGCAGGCAGAUCAUGGAGGCAAAUCCAGGGAGUAUUGCUACAUGGAGUAAAGACACAGUCCAUCGCCAGUUUGAAGGGUUAUUUGUGAUGUACAAGGCUAGUCUAGAUGGUUUCCUAAAUGGUUGCAGGUCUAUUAUUGGCUUAGAUGGUACUUUCUUGAAAGGAAAAUAUGGUGGAAUGGUUUUAGCAGCUAUGGGUUUAGACAACAACAAUGGAAUUUUCCCUAUUGCCAUCUACAUAUGCAGAAAUGAAUGCAAGGAAACGUGGAACAAGUUUUUAUCAAUCCUUGCACCGUACGUGACUAGGCAUGAGCAACCCCUUACAUUCAUAUCUGACCAGCAAAAAGGUUUAAUUGAUGGUGUUGCUAGACAAUUUGCACAGUUCAAUCAUUACCACAGGUUUUGCUUCAGGCACUUGUACAAGAACUUUAAGAAGAAGUUCCCUGGGUCACACUUAGAGACAUUGGUGUGGAGGGCCGCAAAGAGCUACAAUGAAAUUGACUACAAGCAUUGGAUGAAGGAGGUGGCAGAGUACGACCCAGCGGCUGUGACCUGGUUAGAAAAACAUCCUCUUGAAGAAUGGACAAGGUGGAAGUUUGAUCACACUUCUCGUUGUGAGCAUAUAAGCAAUAAUUUUAGUGAGUCGUUUAAUAGUUGGAUUUUAGAGCUUAGACACUCGCCUAUUUGUAAGUUUGUAAUGGAGUAUGAGAAAUUAGUGAAGGAGACAUUGUAUAGUAGGGAGAAAAAGGGACAAGGUUGGUGUCAAACAGGUUUGAUUAACAGGGCAGAAGAAAGACUUAAAGGGCAUAGAGGAAAUGUGCAUUUUCUUAAUUGCUAUCCAUCAACAGAAAAUGUGUGGUUAGUGGAAAAUGGCAUAGAAAUGACUUGGAAAGUCAAUUUGACUAGGAAAGAAUGUAACUGUGGGGCAUGGCAAGUUGGUGGUGUGCCAUGUAUUCAUGCCAUGGCUGUCAUUGUGGAAAAGGAUGAGAAUGCAUAUAGCUAUGCGGAUCCGUGCCAUUUGAUUAGCAAAUACAUGAUGACUUAUGAUGGACAUGUGGAGCCUACAGCAAAUCCACUGACAUGGCUUGAGGUUGAGGAUGUUUUUAAGGUGAAUCCUCCUAGGGUAGUAAGGCCAGCUGGUAGGCCGAGAAAUCUAAGAAGAAGAGAUAGAGAUGAAGCUGAUGGAAAUACAAGGAACCAGAAGAGAUGUGGAAUCUGUAAGAUCUAUGGGAACAAUAGGGCUGGUUGCGAAGGAGCCAAGGAUGGUGAUCCAUCCACUAUAGGUGUGAAUAUAAUAUAUGGUCCUCAUGUUAGGAGGCCUCAUAAUGAAGAUGGAGAUGGAAUUACUACAUCAGCAGAAACUGGUUCUUCUUCUAGACCACAAAGGACUAAUGCAGGAAUGAGAAUCACGAGAUUUGGUAUUACAACAAAUAGUAGUAGACCUACUAAUGGAGGAGUUCUUAGAGGUGGGAUUCCACCUAUGGCAGCUGUUAGAGGCAGGGGAGGCAGGGUUGGUGCAAGAGGAGCUGGUAGGGGCAGAGCCAGUGGUUCGGGUGGAGCUGUUAGGGGCAGAGGAAAUGUUGUUGUUGGAGCUGUUAGAGGAAGAGGAGGUAGAGCUGAAGUUGUUGGAGGCAGAGGAAUUGGUUCAACUGCAGCUGCUGGGACUCAGUCCUCUCAAACUUCCACAAUCACAGUGCAAUCUACAAGAGGAAGGGGAACUGAGUCUGUAGCAAGCUAUGCCAGAAUGAGGGGUGGAGAGACUAGAUUUCCUAGUUAUCCAGUGGAGAACAUGACUAGGAGGUCUGCUUCUCUUAUGGGAUUGAUUGAAGACCAACCACCUGUAAAGAGAGGCAAACAAGCUAAGAAAGGCGCAGCGGUUCACUGGUACUAAGUAAGUGUUUUCUUUUUGGUAGAAUACAAGUUAAUGAUAUCUAACUUGCUUAUUUUGGUAAAAAUCAAGUUAACUAAGCACAACUGAACAUCAUCUUUUGUAUUUAUUACGUUGCAAUGGAAAACUAAAGUACUGUGACUACAUCACUUACUCAGCACAAGUUAACUAAGUUAAAGUUCCGUUGAAUUUUACAUCCUAA